AUGCCUCUCUCUCCGCAGCAUGUCCCUCUCCCCGUCUCUCCAGUCGCUGGUGUCAAGCGUCCAGCUCCUUCUCUACUGCCAGCAUUUGAGCCUCUCUCCUCUUCGCCAGCACUACCUCGACCAAUGAAGCGCCUGGCUCACGCGUCUCCGGCAAAGUUGGGAAAUAGAGAGCGCCAAUAUCCCACACCUAUUCCAUCUUCUACCACUAUGAUCCCUUCUUCUUCUCCGCCUCAACCACUACGUACGCGUCGCCCAGGCUUGAUUCGGACUUAUUCCGCAGUCUCUGAGCGGGCCCCUCUAGCUACCGUACCAUCCAUAGAGCUUUCUGAGCAUGGAGAGCCAACACUGAUGGGCAGAUCGAGCAACUCCUCCCACUACCAGCUCUCCACCAACAAGCUCAUCUCCCGCGUCCACGUCAGCGCAGUCUACAUAGCCUCUAACCCUCCUGCUCCUAAAAGAGUGCAAGUUGAAUGCAGGGGCUGGAAUGGCGUAAAAGUGCACUGCCAAGGAAAGGCAUGGGAGCUCAUGAAAGGGGAUACUUUUACCUCUGAGACUGAAGAUGCGGAUAUCAUGGUGGAUGUACAGGAUGCCCGUGUGUUGUUGACUUGGCCGAAGCAUGAGAAUAAGAUUUCGACCCCUACAGACUCGGACUCGACGUGGGAUUCCGAAACCUCUCCGCAGCGCAACGCCACGGCCGCCCCACGUAAUAGGCCUCUAGAUACAAGUCCGCUUCGCCAGCAACAUAGGUUGCAGUCGCCUGUGUCUCCUUCGCCUGCUGUGCAAGCUGUUCAUGCUCAGCCAUCUGGACAUUUUGCUUCCGAUCCUCCUAUACCUGUACCUGUGCAGGUAUAUGAAGACGAACCAUCGGACGAAGACAAGGACAAACCACCAGCGGGUAACACGCAAGCUACACAGUCUACACAAGUGGCGUCACAACCUUUUGCUCUCCUGGAAGAAACCCCCAACCCCAACGACUUCUCCGACGACAAUGACGAAGAGAACGACCCUAUCAUAUCGUCCUUCGGUCCCUAUGGCGCCAACCUGGGAGCUCGCAUGGAAUCAUUCACCACUAAUGCCUCGCCUAAUCGUCAUCCCCUGAAUCCUCUCAAAGAAGCGAGCAUAUCACCCCAACGCUCGAGCGGAGCUGGCAUUUCUCCUAAACGCCGUCGCCACAACGCCCACCGCGACGUCUCUGACUCUCUGCAUCGAGAAGAUGAAGCAGGUGACGCCAUUACGCACCAUGUGAUCAAUCAACUAGCCUAUUCGCGCGUUCAAUCCACACCACUUUCAACUCUCAUGCAAACCCUGCCUGCUGCCCUGAAAGACGCUUCACUUACAGAAGAUGUAUUGAAGGCAACGCUGGACCGUACGCGCUGCAUUGGAACUGUGGAGCGUGAAGGCAAGGACGCGGCCGGCAAGCGUCUCGAGAGCGAGUACUACUACAUCCCAGAGGCCGAUGUUGAUGGGAGCCGACGGGAAGUAGUGGAAGGAAUGGGAGGGAGAGGGUUGAGAAAUUGUAGGAAGAGUCACAAGCAAUACUACUGGCGGAAACCCAAGUAG